AAUAUUUUUUAAUUGUUUUAAUUGGGAGGAGGGAGGAGCUUCUUGGGUAGUGCAGAGUGCAGUUGAGAGGUAAGAGGGCAUUUUGGGAAAGAGUGUUGAAAAAGUUUGAGCACCAGAAUGAAGACUACCACCAGCGCCACCAAGUCAGGCUGGCUGACGGGUGUGCAGUGAAGACCAAGGAAAAUGAUAGUGGUUGUUGUCGUUGCAGUUACUCGCCUCUUCUUCCUCUCUCAUUAACUUUAACUUUUGAUGAGCUCCAUACCACCCUCUCGCUCUCACCCAACUUCUCUCUUCAUCGUUUUCUUCUCCUUGUAUCUCUGAUUUUCCGGACAAUGGGACUUAUUUUCUAGGCGUAGUACUAUAGUGUUUCAGUCUCUACUCCCUUUCUUUCUCUGCUUGUCCCUCUCUGUUGUACACUGGUGGUACUACCUAUGGAUACUGCGGAGGAUUGCUGCGUCAAGGUCGCCGUUCACAUCCGUCCGCUCAUCGGUGAUGAACGGCUUCAAGGAUGUAAAGAUUGUGUCACCAUCGUUCCCGGCAAGCCCCAGGUCCAGCUAGGCACCCAUUCAUUCACUUUUGAUCAUGUCUAUGGAAGUAGUGGUUCUCCAUCAUCUGCAAUGUUUGAAGAGUGCAUUGCUCCACUUGUUGAUGGUUUGUUCCAAGGAUAUAAUGCCACUGUUCUUGCCUAUGGUCAGACGGGGUCUGGAAAAACAUAUACUAUGGGAACUGGCUUUAGAGAUGGUUGUCAAACAGGAUUAAUCCCUCAAGUUAUGAAUGCACUGUUCAGCAAGAUAGAAAUGUCAAAGCAUCAAGCUGAAUUUCAAUUACAUGUCUCCUUCAUUGAGAUUCUAAAAGAAGAAGUGCGAGACUUGCUGGAUCCAACAUCUAUGGGCAAACCAGAAACUGCUAAUGGACAUGCUGCAAAAGUAACAGUCCCUGGGAAACCACCCAUACAAAUUCGUGAGAAUUCAAAUGGAGUUAUUACACUGGCAGGGUCAACUGAAGUUGCUGUUAGUACACUAAAAGAGAUGGCUACUUGCUUAGAGCAAGGAUCAUUGAGUAGGGCAACUGGGAGUACAAACAUGAACAAUCAGUCCAGUCGUUCGCAUGCUAUCUUCACAAUCACAUUGGAGCAGAUGCGCAAAGUCCAUCCGGCUUCACCUGGCAAUGCUAACCCAAAUGAAGAUUUGGCUGAGGAGUAUUUAUGUGCAAAGCUCCAUUUGGUAGAUCUUGCUGGAUCAGAGCGUGCUAAAAGGACAGGUUCUGAUGGUCUUCGUUUUAAAGAAGGAGUUCACAUUAACAAGGGGCUUCUAGCACUUGGCAAUGUUAUAAGUGCACUUGGAGAUGAGAAAAAACGGAAGGAAGGCAUGCAUGUUCCUUAUAGGGACAGUAAACUUACUCGACUCUUACAGGAUUCACUUGGCGGAAAUAGCAGAACUGUUAUGAUAGCCUGCAUCAGUCCAGCUGAUAUUAAUGCUGAGGAAACUCUUAACACUCUCAAAUAUGCUAACCGUGCUCGCAACAUUCAGAAUAAGCCUAUUGUUAAUCGAGAUCCAAUUUCCAGUGAAAUGCAAAGGAUGCGUCAGCAACUUGAAUACCUGCAGGCUGAAUUACUUUGUGCUCGUGGGGGAGGAGCUUCAUCUGAUGAAGUCCAGGCUCUCAAGGAAAGAGUUGCUUGGCUAGAGUCCACAAACGAGGAUCUUUGCAGGGAGCUUCAUGUGUACCGCAGCAGAUGUGCUUUAGUGGAGCAAUGCGAAGGAGAUAUUCAAGAUGGUAACACCUGUUUUGUGAGAUACGAUGGACUAAAGAGGGGUUUGCAGAAUAUGGAGUCAUCUGAUUAUCAAAUGGUUGAGACCACAGCAUCAGGUGAAAAUUCCAAGGAAAUUGAUGAAGAAGUAGCAAAAGAGUGGGAGCAUACACUUUUGCAAAAUACCAUGGACAAAGAGCUGAAUGAAUUAAAUAAGCGCUUGGAGCAAAAGGAGUCCGAGAUGAAAAUGUUUGAGGGAUUCGACACUGCUACACUUAAGCAGCAUUUUAGUAAAAAGAUCAUGGAACUUGAGGAUGAGAAAAGAACUGUGCAGCAAGAAAGGGACCGGUUGCUAGCUGAAGUUGAAAGCCUUGCUGCCACUUCUGAUGGACAAACACAGAAAAUGCAAGAUAUUCAUGCACAGAAAUUAAAGGCACUUGAGGCACAGAUUUCGGAUCUCAAAAAGAAACAAGAAAGUCAAGUUCAGAUUUUAAAGCAAAAGCAAAGAAGUGAUGAAGCAGCAAAGCGACUACAAGAUGAAAUACAGUUUAUCAAGGCACAGAAGGUUCAAUUGCAACAUAAGAUAAAACAAGAGGCUGAACAAUUUCGACAGUGGAAGGCCUCUCGUGAGAAGGAGCUGCUGCAGUUGCGGAAAGAGGGAAGGAGAAAUGAGUAUGAACGGCAUAAACUGCAAGCUUUGAAUCAACGCCAGAAAAUGGUUCUUCAAAGAAAGACAGAAGAGGCUGCAAUGGCCACGAAGAGGCUAAAAGAAUUGCUGGAAGCACGCAAGUCUUCAGGACGUGAGAGUUCAGGUUCUGCCAAUGGAAAUAUGCCAAAUGGCCAGAGCAAUGAAAAAUCCUUACAACGGUGGCUUGAGCAUGAGCUAGAAGUCAUGGUGAAUGUUCAUGAAGUUCGUUUUGAAUAUGAAAAGCAGAGCCAAGUGCGAGCUGCGCUAGCUGAAGAAUUAGCUGUAUUGAAGCAAGUUGAUGGGUUUGCUUCAAAGGGCCUCACUCCUCCAAAAGGAAAUAAUGGAUAUUCAAGAGUGUCCUCCAUGUCACCAAAUGCAAGAAUGGCAAGAAUUUCUUCACUUGAAAACAUGCUGGGUAUUUCUUCAAAUACACUUGUAGCAAUGGCAUCACAACUUUCAGAGGCAGAAGAGAGGGAGCGCGCAUUUACAAGCCGUGGACGUUGGAAUCAAUUGCGAACAAUGGGGGAUGCAAAAAGCUUGCUUCAGUACAUGUUUAAUGCGGCUGCAGAUGCAAGGUGCCAGUUGUGGGAGAAGGAAAUUGAACUUAAGGAGAUGAAAGAGCAACUGAAUGAACUCGUAGGCUUACUACGGCAGAGUGAAGCACAGAGAAAAGAAAUUGAAAAGCAGCAAAAGCUGAGAGAACAAGCUGUUGCCAUUGCAUUGGCUACGUCAGCUUCGGGGAACUCACAUGGAUCAUUGAAACACUUUGCUGAUGAUACGAGUGGGCCUUUGUCUCCUAUGUCAGUUCCAGCACAGAAACAGCUCAAGUAUACUCCAGGUAUUGCUAAUGGCUCGGUUAAAGAGUCAGCAGCAUUUCUUGACCAGUCACGAAAGAUGGUUCCAAUUGGGCAGUUGUCAAUGAAAAAGCUGGCAGUUGUAGGACAAUCUGGGAAGCUUUGGAGGUGGAAGAGGAGUCAUCAUCAAUGGUUGUUACAGUUCAAGUGGAAAUGGCAAAAGCCAUGGAGACUCUCCGAGUGGAUCAGGCACAGUGACGAGACAAUUGUAAGGGCAAAACCUCGUCUACAGGCUCUAGCAGAUAUAAUGUGAAAUCUUUAAAAUUGCCAGUUUUUCUUUGCUGCAAAUUCAGCUGUAUCCACCACAUGCCACGCAAUAUUAUGGCACGGAGGGGAAAUCAGAAAUAAGUGAGGAUUGCUGUAAAGUGGUGGUGGGAAAUCGAUGUUUUCAGGUCUUGUCUGAGAUUAGCAAAUCUGAAACUGGACAAACUCUUUGCAAUCUUGGAUUUUGGCAGUGUUUGCUGCACCGGAAGCAUAUUGUAAAGUGGUUUUCAUGUUACCGUUGGGCUUACAAAAGUAGUCAUGGAGGUCAGAAGAAUAGGGUGUUUCAAGUAAAGAAUGAUAUUGGGGGAAGGGGGCAUGGUACAAGAGUAGGUCAUUGUCUUGAUUUUUUGUUUUUAACAACUACAAGGAAAGAGAGGAAAUUCUUGUGUGUUGCAGCAUUGUGUAUCAAAAGUUCUUUGUAAUUUUUCUGUCAUUUUUUAGCAUGGCAAAACUUGUUACAUGUUUAUUGUGGAUAAGCACAAUACUGAUUUUGUUUGAAGAGGUUUGUAUUCAGUAACAUUUCAUUUAUAGUGAAGGGAAAUUCUUUUACAUUUGUCA